AUGUCUGUCGAAUAUUUUUUCAACGAAAAAGUCGGUGAACAUAGACAACCAGCUGUCGCUGAACGAACAAAUUCUACUUUACAAGCUAGUACAAUUAAUGCACUCAAUUUGAAAUGGGAAGAUGAGGCUAAAAGAUUAAAAGAACAAAUUGAACAAGCAAAACAAUCACAUCAAAAAAUGACUAAAGAGCAAGAGCAACAAAUACUCAGUAGACAAGCUCAAGAACAAAAAUUAAAAGAUUUAAUCAAACAAAUAAAAGCUAUUGAUUAUGAUAAUAUUGAAUCAAUUGUUGUACGAAAUUAUUUAUUUAGCAAAACAAAACAGAUUACUAAUCAUCUUAAAACAAAAUAUCCAAUGGAUGAUUCUUUAAUGGCAAUACCUACUAUUACAAUUACAGAAAGAAAUAAUGUUCAUUGUGUAUCACUUACUGGUCUUCAAGUACAUCAUGAUGAAUUCAAAUUUGUUCUAAAACGAAUACAAACUUUAUCGAAUGUUACUCAAUCAGCUAAAAAUUUUUAUCAACGUCAAUUAAAUGAAAUAAUAAAAUCAGUUAAUCAAAAAAUGACAAAACAAAUUCAUUCUUCACAAGAUUGGCAAUCAUAUACGAAAUAUUUUCAACAAUUAGUUCAAAAUAAAAUUCAAGACUUUAUCAAACUAUUCGAUGACUACAUAACACACGAGUCUAAAGUAAUGAUAGAACAAUGUAUAACAGAUGCUCAUUUUCAAUCAUGGGUUCAUUUACAAAAACAAACAGAUAGAUAUAUCCAAAAAAAAUCAUUAACAUCAGAAUUAGAAGUAGUGAAACAUAAAGCUUUUGAAGAAUUUAUUAAACAACAUGUUUUAUCACAACAAUUAAAAUUUGAAAAGAAACCAUCAAUAAAAUCAAUCGAAACUAUGAAUGAAUUCAUUGAUAAAGUAAGAAAAGAAUUUCAAACAAAUAAAAUAUAUAUUGGAUGUGAUCUGGAACAGUUUAAAUUAAUUCCAAAAUUAUUACAAAGAGUUAUGUUAUAUUAUCGAUGUUUUCUAUUACAAUUACCAUUAUAUGAAUCAUCUAAAGAAUUAUUAGAUAAAAUUGAAAAAAAUAAUGUUAUUACUGUAGCAACAUCAACUGGAUCGGGUAAAUCAAGCUUAUUACCAGUUCUGUUGACUGCCGAAGGUUAUGAAAAAGUCAUUGUUACCCAGCCUCGUCGAUUACUUUGUACAGCAAUUUGUGACCGUGUCAAUGAAACUAUGACAACAAAUAGAGAUAGAUUUAAAAUUGCUGGAUGGGCUGUCAGUGGUGCUCAAAGUAAUGUUAAUGCUCGAAUUUUAUAUUUAACAAAUGGUUUAUUAAAAGAACGUCUAUUAAAUGAUGAAAAUUUUAUUAGAAAUCAACCAAAUAACAAUAAACCUAUUGUAUUUUUUGUUGAUGAAGUUCAUGAAAGAGCAGUUAAUAUUGAUCUUUGUUUAGCAUUAUUUGCCCGUCUUCUAACCGAAAAACCUGAACUUAAAUCAAAAGUGAAAAUAAUUAUUUCAUCAGCAACAUUAGAUCCAUCUAUAACAACAUUGUUUCGUAAUAUACCUCAAUUAAAAUUUGAUGAAUUUCAAAUGCCAAAAUUAGGAAAAUUACAUUAUGUAACAAAAAUUGAACGACCUAAUCAAAAUAUAUUAGAUAUAGUACAAGAAAUAUGUAAAACAAAACAAAGACAUGAUCAAAUAUUAUGUUUUGUUAGUAAUGUAUUAGAAGCUAAUCGAUUUUGUAGUCUCUUACAAGACAUUAGUCAUGGAACAAUAACUGCUUUUCCUUUGACUCAGUUGCAAUCAACAGUUGAUCAACAAAAUAAAAUUGAACAAGGAAGUAUUUUCUUUUCAACAACUGUUGCUGAAACAUCUCUUACAUUUCCAUCAUUAAGAUAUGUUAUUGAUACAGGAAUGAUUAAUAUUCCUGUGUAUGAUUAUAAAAAGAAGCAAACAAUUUUAACGGAAAGUCGAGCAGCUGAAUCAACAAUUAAACAACGUUUAGGCCGACUUGGACGAACUAAACCAGGUGAAUAUUAUUCAUUAUAUAAUUUUAAAGUUGAAGAUAAAAAAUAUCCAACAUCACAAAUAUGUCAAUCAGAAUUAGUUAAUAUUGAAUUUUCAUUAAGAAAAUCUUUAAUUAAAAAUGGACUUAAUUAUAUGAAAAAAUUCUUACCAGAUUCACCGAAUUCAGAAGCAAUCAAUUCAGCAAUAGAAGAACUAAGAAGAUUAAAUAUUUUAGAUUCACAAGAUAAACUUACAUCAAUUGGUGUUGCAAUUUCUAAAUUACCUGAUUUCGGUUCAUUAGCUAUGUCAAAAUCUAUUUUAUCAGCUCUAAAUGAAAACAAUUGUGGACGUGAUCUUAUUGUUCUUUCAUCAAUUUUAGGUGUUUUAAACACAUCAUCAGUGCUAAAAGCAAUACCAAGCUCAAUGAAAAAAUCUGAAGGUGAUUUCAUGACUUUAUUAAAUAUUAUGAAU